AGGAGCAAGUAGGAAUUUGCAAGAGCAUUUGUGACUCGUGAAUCACGUUAGUGUGCGAGACAGAGCGUAGAGGAGUGCACUUCAGAGGUAUAUAGGAGAUUCAAGAUGGAAGACGGUGACAAUAAAGUGGAAAUUGAAUUAGGUAAAGAUAGGAAGUCGUACGCCGGUAUACCGGAGGCUGAUUUUGUGGACGAUGUCGAGGCUUUUAUGGCAAAACCAGAAAACGAUUCUGUGGACAAAGUACUCAGAAAGCUGGACGAGAGCCAUGGAAAGUACAAGUUUAUGGAGUUUAACCUAGUCAACAAACGAAGACGCUUAAAAUCACAAAUACCAGAUCUCGAAAGAUCUUUAGAGAUGAUCGAGAAAUUACAGAUUGAGAAGAGUACCUUAGAAACGCAAUUUUUAUUAUCAGAACAAGUUUACGCAAAAGCCAUAAUACCACCUACCGACAAAGUGUGUUUAUGGUUAGGCGCUAAUGUCAUGCUAGAAUAUACCUUAGACGAUGCCCAAGAAGUGCUGACCAAAAAUAUUGAGGCGGCCAAGAAGAAUUUAGGAUAUGUAGAGCACGAUCUAGAUUUUGUUCGGGAUCAAUAUACCACUGUGGAAGUAAAUAUGGCACGUAUCUACAAUUGGGAAGUGAAGCGCAGACAAGCAGCAAAAUCCACAUGAAAUUAUCAAUCUUACUCGCACUCGGAUCUGCCUAAAGCCAAGAGAAUAUCUACUGUAUCAUGAAGAAUAAAAUUCGUCAAUAUGCAGCAUUAUUGAAAUUCGUGGAAGAUUAAAAAAUU